CAAGGGUACCAACACUGUUUGUUUACACUUUCUUGCUUGUGAAGUUCGUGAAGAUUGUGAAUAACUGCUCGAAUGUGGAAAACGCGGCAGGGAUGAUUAGAGACGUUAAGAUGAGCAUGAGACGUUAAGAUCGGGGGUGAAGUAAUGAUCAGCAGCUGAUCGGUGCAGAUUCGCGGAAGGAUUGGAAGCGCGAGUAUUUUGAUUCGCUUUGACAAGCUAAAGAAUGUGACAUUUACGAGAAACUUGGAAGAUUUGCAAUUUUGGUGUAAUAUUGUGUGUUAAAAAGUGCAGUGUUGAAAAGCUGUAAUUCAUUUGACUUACUAGACCAAAUCUAACAUGUUCUGUAAAGUGAUUACCAAACAAUUAUCUCUUGUAAUUUUGCAUACCAACAUAUCUGUCAAAAUAUGUAGGCUACUUUGUGGUAAUGUGGGUACAAAAAUUUCUCUCUUACAAGACAGAUUUAUUUAUUUCUUCAAAAACGAAAAUAGAUACAGACCUUAUAUAGUUCAUGAUAGCGAAAAAGAAACCUAUCCUAUUAAAACCUCCUUGAGUAAAAAUUUGCCUUUAGAACAGAUUAUUAACAAUGUACCUAAAGCCAAAAUGCCAUCAUUCUUACAUAGUUUAGGUACCCAGAGACAAAUUAUUUCUUCUAAAGACUUCCAAUACGUUCUGUUGAUGGUAGAUGAUAUAUUCAGUCACAAACUACCAUGCAUGGAAAAAGAAAGUGUCCUUAAAUGUAUUCAUGAAUGGCAUAAUAUCUGUCAGGGAAAUACAAUGUCUACAAAACUUUAUCAAGAAUUCAUGCAUAUAGUAUCCUUAUGGCUUACAAAAAGGAAUAACAAUCUGGAACUUUUAGUAUAUGUUAUGUUUUAUAUUGGACAGUCCAAGAAACUCAAAUCAUCUCAAAACUUAAUGAAAAAAUGUUUAAAUGAAAUUGAUAGGUAUGGAAAUUUGCUGUCUCUGGAUGAAUUGUGUAUAAUGUGUGUCUCAUCAUUUAAAUGUAGUGUACCAAUACGAUCAGCUGAUUUGUUACAGUGCAUUUGUAAAACAGUGGAGAGGAAUUUUGAAACAAUAGUAACUGAUCCAGCAUAUAUAGUUACUUUUGUGAAAGUUCUUAGGUUAGCAAAGUUUUAUAGCUUCAACAUUAUGGAUAAAAUAGCAAGUGAUAAAUAUCCUGAAAAAAUUCUUGGAAUGAACUUUACAGCUAAAGUCCAUAUUUUAGCCUUGUAUGCUGAUGCUUUAUACGACAAUAAAAAAUUAAUUCCUUCAUUAAUUCAAUCAUGUAUUCAUGAUGCCCAUUUAGCAUCUACUUCAAGUUCACAUCAUUCAUAUCUUCGUAUAAAGGAUAUUUCUAGAUUUCUAUGGGCAGUGAGUUACCUUGGCUACAAUCUUUCACGUCAUGAACUGAAAGAAAUGACUGAUGAAUUGCAGAGAUCUAUCAAAGAAAAACAUCAUUUAAAUAUCCCUGAACAUAUAUUAGGCAGCCUCCUUUCAUUGUGGUGUUUGGGAGUAAGAGAAGGUGAAUUAUUCAAGGAUGCUAUUAAUGAAGAUUUUAUGCGAGUGCUGAAAGAAAAAAAUCUCUUUCGAAUUCAAACAAGACUUUCCCUUCUUCUAACUUGUAUUCAAAUAGAAUUGCCAGCUCUUCUCAGUAGUGCACACAAUGAGUGGACAAUGAAAAAUAUUAUCCCUCGAGAAGCACAGAAGAAACAUUUACAAAAAAGAAUCUUCCUGAAACAAAUAUUUACAGCAGUAACAAAUUUGGGAUAUCAUAUGAAACUGAAUGCAGUUUGUAAUUGCUAUAUACCAAAUUUAAAUAUUAUUGGUAUUACUGUAACAUCUCCUUCAGGAAAAAUAUUACACAUUGAAGUCCUAGACUCAACAGUGUGUUUGCAUGAAACGCACAAACCACAUGGACUAAUGAAGUUAAAGCUCCGCCUUCUGCAAAAUAUGGAUCAUCAAGUAUUGGUAAUUCACAGUAAUCAAUUUGAUGAAGUUCAAAACACUGAUGUAUAUGAAUUUCUAGAAGAGAAACUUGCGAAGUUUCUAAGUAUUCAGAAGAGUGUAAUAUAAUGGUUAAUAGUUUGAAAAAACUGCAGAUCACAAGAGUUGUAACAAGAAUGUCAGGUUUCAAUAAUGAAAUGGAUCUUGAAUUGGAAGAUAAUUAGGAAAUAAUGGGAGCCCUGUCCAAUAUACUGGAAGUCGUAAGAGCUGCAACUUUUUACAUGCUUCCAUUAAAAUCAAGAGAUAGAUAUAUGAAUAAAUGUGGGAAUUUUGUACGAUGUGAGAGGGGUAAGAAAUGUCUCAGAAAAAAUGCCUUUUUCAUUUUUUUUCAAAAUGAGUGGAAAGUAUCGUCAAAUAGCUCUUUAAUAUUUUCUUCAAUUAAAAUGAAUGUAAAUAGUUUCAAAUAAAAUAUCAAUUGGCAAGGGCAUGUUUUGAAUGUAUUAAAAAAUAACUACAUAUUUUCAUGUGGAAACUUUGCUAUGUGGCUUGAUGACAGUAGUUUGUUUCUUAGGUACAUGAAAGCAUGGCUUGUACCACAAAUUAAAAUUCGGUAUGUCUUCACAAACAAGAAAUAUACCAGGUUAAGCAACACUAAGUCAUGAAAUGUUAAUAUAACGCAUGGUUCCUCCAUUCUUUGUGUGCAGCAGUUCCACAGUGAAAAGAUGGUGACAUUGGAGUCAAGAAAAAUAUAUUACAUGACGCUUACAACAGAAUUAUCCUGUGAAAACCAAGUUUGUUGCCGUGAAACAGUACAGCUAUGAGCUACUUUCCAGACACACUCGAAUAAAGUAUUUUUGUUCACUCUUUUUCUAAAGUGUAUUAUUUCAGUACAGUCGUACCUUCAUAUCUUAUAAAAAAAAUUUCAAAAUUAUGUUAAAGGCCACAGUAAAAGUGACAAAUUUACUCUUUUUCAGGUAGAUUAUUGAAUUUUGAGUAAUGUUGGUCAAACAGCUAGAGUAAAAUUGAAGCUCACUUCGUGCUGUUUCAUGUACUCCCUAAAUAGCAUCCAUCUUCUAUACAAAUUUCAUACCUGUCAGCUCCAAAACCACCAAGUGUAAUGCUUAGUGCAAGUGCUGUAGUCCAACGAU